CGAUUUUUUGUUCAGCCCCGGUUCUGAGAAUUGAUACGCGCAAAUGACGUCGAUGAAGCAUAACUGUUAAAAACCACAGGCAAACCCAAACAGACCUUACUCCACCUGUCACGUUAAACCGGAAAAACCCAGUUGAGUUUGAAUCAGAAAACGAAGUCUCCUGUUUUCAACAAUCCAAAAGCUAUUUAUCUGAUCAGUGUAAAAACUGAUAUUUAUACACACAAUAUGGAAGUUCGAAAACAAUUGAUGCGAUAUUUAUUAAUGUUAAUUCUGUGUAGCAACACUUUCAUCUCUCGAAUUCAAGCCGAGAGCGUCACUCCCGAGGAAGCCAUGCUCUUACGAGAUGAGGUUCGUGGAAUGUUCUAUCAUGCAUUUGACGGUUAUAUGGAUCAUGCUUUUCCACGUGAUGAAUUGAAACCACUGUCGUGUAGUGGAGAAGAUACACUCGGAGGUUAUGCUUUAACGUUGAUCGAUUCUUUGGACACUUUGGCUUUGAUGGGUGAUCUGGAACAUUUUACUACCUCUGUUGAAUGGAUCGGUAAAAAUCUUCGUUUUGAUAUUAACAAGACAGUAUCUGUUUUCGAGACUACUAUCCGUAUCCUUGGAGGAUUACUUUCAGCUCAUCUUAUUGCAAGUGAUUAUGCUACGGGAAUGAGGAUACCCUCGUAUAAUGAUGAGUUGCUUCACUUAGCCGAGGAUUUAGCCCGAAGAUUAUUACCUGCCUUCGAUACUCCUACUGGUAUACCAUAUGGGUCGGUCAAUCUAUUGUACGGAGUUGAUGAAAAUGAAAGCAAGAUAACAUCGACAGCUGGUGGAGGAACUUUGACUCUAGAAUUUGGUGUGCUUAGCCGCUUGACUGAUGAUCCCAUUUUUGAGCAAGUAACAAAGAAUUCAGUGCUUGCUUUGUGGGCUCGGAGAUCAAGAAUCAAUUUAGUUGGUGCUCAUAUAAACGUAUUUACUGGCGAAUGGACACAGAAGGAUGCUGGUAUAGGAACAAGCAUAGACUCAUUUUACGAGUAUCUCCUUAAGGCUUUCCUAUUAUUUGGAGAUGAAGAAUAUCUUUUUAUCUUUCAAGAAGCUUAUGCAGCUGCCAUGCACUACCUUUACAAUGAUCCUUGGUAUGUAGAAGUAAACAUGAAUUCUGCGGCUCUUGUCUGGCCAUUAUUUAAUAGUCUACAGGCUUUCUGGCCUGGUCUUCAGGUUCUAGCAGGGGAUGUUGAUCCUGCUAUUAGAACACAUACCGCGUUCUUUAGCGUCUGGAAAAGAUACGGGUUCACCCCAGAAGGUUUUAAUCUCGCAACCCUAAGUGUUCAGCAUGGCCAAAGAAGCUACCCCCUGCGCCCAGAACUAAUAGAAAGCACAUAUUGGCUCUACAAAGCUACCAGGGAUUCUAGGUAUCUUGAUGCUGGAAGGGAUAUGGUCGCCAGCUUACAGUAUGGUGCUCGAUGCACUUGUGGAUAUUGCCAUAUCUCAGAUGUCGAGUUUCACAAACAGGAAGAUCACAUGGAGAGCUUUUUUUUAGCUGAAACGGUGAAAUACCUGUGGCUUCUAUUUGAUCUGGCUGCUGGUUCUGAUAAUUUGGUUGAGAAUGGUCCAUACAAGUAUAUCUUCAGCACUGAAGGCCACUUGUUACCGGCUACUCCCCAAAUUUCUCUAGUACAGGAACAUUGUUCUUAUAUUGGAGCAUUCUGUCCGAGAAGCAAUUUUGGACAUGAAUCCCCUACAUUUGAUAUUCCAAUGGAUUCCCAGGAAAGUAAUGCCACUAAAACAGUUCUGGAUACCACAAGUCUGUUCGGGCAUUCCGAUGGCCACAAGUCCAGUUCAGUGUCGGGAGUAAUUAAGAUUAUUUUGCAGGGACUCUGUCCGGGGCUAUCUCAUGGGCAGAAGUAUGGCAUCUCAUAUGUGGCUUCACAUAGUACAACCCCCAGAGACGAGCCUGUAGACCAAAGAGUAGGUGAUGUAGUUCAAAGUCACUCAGUGGUGUUACUUUCGGACUCCAGUGCUAUUAGUACACCAGUCAAUCUCCAGAAUAAUACAGAACCUAGUAGUAAAGGAGAUAGUGAAACUUUUAGGGAAUAAGAGUUAAAGUGAUUUACCGCUUUGCCUGCAGAUCCAUAAUCAACAUUUUGAACGGAUAUACUUAUUGCAUCUAGAGGACACAUUAGUGAUGAGUGCAGUAUCAGAAUUAAGAAGUGAUGUUAGAAUUCCUUGGCACACCGUUUAACCGAUGCCGAACUGUUGGACUUGAGAACCAAGGUUGCAAACUCGUGAAGAUAUAUCAUAUACAGGAUAUAUAACAAAGCGUUGUACAAUAUCAUGGGAAAAUUUGUCUGUCCCAAUUUUUUUUACAGGGAUUCCUUGUAAAUUAUGUUUUUAGUAGAGGGCCUAAUGUGCACUUCGUAAAUCAGAGUGAUUUUGGGUGAUAUUUAAAGAAUGACCAUGGUGGGGAAAAUGAGAAUUUCUUUAGGAACAUAUUGUGAUUAAUGUGUAUUUGGUGAAGUGAUUGAGAAAUUUUCUGAUUUCAAAGAUUCUGCAAAAUGUAUUUUGAGAGUUAGCAUUUUGAAAGUUAGUCAACAUAGAGUUAUAUAGUCUGUAUGCUACAUCUUUUAGCAAUUUUGUAUUUGAGAUUUGAUAUUGUACCAUAUUACAGUCUUCUUUUUUGUCA